CAGCAAUUCACUGCCACUAGGACCACGACCGCUGCAGCAGCCCCACAGCAGUCCUUCCUGUCUCCAACGUCAGCUCUUAGAGCUGAGGUUCUCUGGUGCCUGAACACCGCAGCCAACCAUCACUCCUACAAUUCAAAUGACGGUAUUGGGGAACUAUUCAAAAAUAUGUUCACUGACUCCGAUAUUGCCAAAAGUUUCACAUGUGGCAAGGAUAAGACUGCUUACGUCAUUGGAUUCGGCAUUGCGCCACAUUUUAAAAAGGUGCUUAUCAAAAGCGUCAAUGAUGCAGGGCCAUAUGUACUCAUGUUCGACGAGUCUAUGAACCAGUCGCUAAAGCAAAAGCAACUGGAUAUUCACAUACGCUUCUGGAAAGAUGACCGUGUGAUGUCUUCAUACUUUGGGUCACAGUUCCUGGGGCACGCAAGGGCUGAGGACUUGCUGCAAAACAUCAAAGAAUGUAUUGUACAGCUCAACUUGAGACACCUACUGUCUGUCAGUAUGGACGGCCCGAAUGUCAAUUUCAAAAUGCUGGAACUCCUUCAGAAUGAGUUUCAUGGGGAUGCACAACUCAUUAGUGUUGGCAGCUGUGGCUUGCACACCCUCCACAAUGCCAUGAAGGCAGGAUUCACAACAUGGCAUGUAGACAAGCUGUUGAGAGCCAUGCAUUACAUCUUCCACAAUGUUCCUGCUCGUAGAGAAGAUUACACCAGCACCACAGGAUCUUCUACCUUUCCCCGAUCUUUCUGUGGCCACAGAUGGGUGGAAAAUGUCCCUGUGGCUGAGAGAGCUGUCGACAUCUGGCCCAUGCUUUUAACAUACAUUGAUGCCGUUGAGAAGAAAAAAGUGCCAAACCCCCACACGGCCUCAUAUGACACCCUUCUGGCAGCACGUGCUGAUGAUUUUAUAAUACCAAAACUCCAGUUCUUCUUGUCAGUUGCAUGAAGCUUCAACCCAUUCAUGACCAAAUACCAGACCGACGAGCCUGUGCUACCCUUUUUGGCUAAAGAUCUAACAGAACUCCUGAUGGGUUUUCUGCGGCGAUUUGUUAAACGGGAACUUUUACAGGACCGUAGCUCGCUGCAGCUCCUCAAAAUCCAGGUGUCAGAGGAGAAGAACUGGGUCUCUCUUAAAAAUGUGGACAUCGGCCUGGGUGCUGAA